CGGGGCUGUUGAUAUCAAUAUGGCGGUUGUCAGCCAGACAAAGACAGUCAGUCUGAUGUGAUUGAGACAAGGGAGGUUUUCAGGGGGAGACUGGGAGAUAGGGGCCUCCCCUCCCCCUUCCCCUCCUCCCACGCCGGCCUCCACCCCCUUCCCCAGCCCCCCUCCCGCCGGGGACCCCGUGCGGAAGACACCCCUCCCCCGCUACCUCAGCCCUUUUUCUUGGGACGUUGGGGAGGGGGUUGCCCGCGAGGCGGAGAGAGAACUCAGCCAGGCUCCUGAGAAUGGUAAAUAACGCUGACACACUUCCAGAAGCAUUUUGACUUCCCCUCCUCAUGUAAAGUAUGCUCAGUUCCUUUCCAGUGGUUUUGCUGGAAACCAUGUCUCACUACACAGAUGAACCCAGAUUUACUAUAGAGCAAAUAGACCUGCUUCAGCGCCUUCGACGUACUGGAAUGACCAAACAUGAAAUUCUCCAUGCUUUGGAAACUUUGGAUCGUCUUGAUCAAGAACAUAAUGACAAAUUUGGGAGAAGGCCCAGCUAUGGAGGUGGUUCCUAUGGAAAUAGUACCAACAAUGUCCCAGCAUCUUCCUCUACAGCUACAGCUUCCACACAGACCCAACAUUCGGGGAUGUCCCCAUCACCCAGCAACAGUUAUGACACUUCCCCACAGCCUUGUACUACUAAUCAAAAUGGGAGGGAAAGUAAUGAAAGGUUGUCCACUUCGAAUGGAAAGAUGUCUCCCACUCGUUAUCAUGCAAACAGCAUGGGUCAGAGAUCAUACAGUUUUGAAGCCUCAGAAGAGGACCUAGACGUAGAUGAUAAAGUGGAGGAAUUAAUGAGGCGGGACAGUAGUGUGAUAAAAGAGGAAAUCAAAGCUUUUCUUGCCAAUCGGAGGAUUUCCCAAGCAGUUGUUGCACAGGUAACAGGUAUCAGUCAGAGCCGGAUUUCCCAUUGGCUGUUGCAGCAGGGGUCAGACUUGAGUGAACAGAAGAAAAGGGCAUUUUAUCGAUGGUACCAGCUUGAGAAGACAAACCCUGGUGCUACUCUAAGUAUGAGGCCUGCUCCCAUUCCAGUAGAAGACCCAGAGUGGAGACAGACACCUCCCCCAGUCACUGCAACGUCUGGUACAUUCAGACUACGGCGAGGUAGCCGAUUUACUUGGAGAAAAGAGUGCCUGGCUGUCAUGGAAAGUUACUUCAAUGAGAAUCAAUAUCCUGAUGAAGCAAAGAGAGAAGAAAUUGCCAAUGCCUGCAAUGCUGUCAUACAAAAGCCAGGCAAAAAGCUGUCUGAUCUGGAACGAGUUACUUCCCUAAAAGUCUACAACUGGUUUGCCAACAGAAGGAAGGAGAUCAAGAGAAGAGCCAAUAUCGAAGCAGCAAUCCUGGAGAGUCAUGGGAUAGAUGUACAGAGUCCAGGAGGCCAUUCCAACAGUGACGACGUCGAUGGAAAUGACUACUCAGAGCAGGACACUUGGCAAGUACGCAAUGGGGAGGAGGAGGAGGGACGAAGUUCUGAGGGAGGCAGAGAAGCAGAGAAGGAUGACAGCACUAGCCAUAGUGACCACCAAGACCCCAUCUCAUUGGCUGUGGAAAUGGCAGCAGUCAACCAUACCAUAUUGGCCCUGGCUCGGCAAGGAGCCAGUGAGAUCAAGACAGAGGCCCUGGAUGAUGACUGACUGACUGAUAGAGGGAGGGUCGAACACAAGAAGUUAACUUAGUUUUAGACGUAGCACCUUAGCAGACUUUCCUCGGUCCUUAAUAUGUGUUCUUGCAGUAUAACUUUGCAGUUUCUUGUAUGUCAGUUAGCUGUUAGGGUCUUGUUCUGUGAAGAUGGCAUGGUGCCCUCAGCCUUUGCAUAUACUCUCUCAGUAUUAAUUCCCAGUAAAUAAUAACCAAUCAAUCAAGCAACCAAACGUCCCUCUCCCGGCCCCUGUGGCUCAAAAAUCUUGCUGCUCUGUUCUGUCUUAGCAUUCCAAGAAAGUGCUUCCAGGUAUUUUAGAUAGGCCUUGAGUUUCAACUAUUAGACUACAUGUAAAAUCUCGGAUAACCUUCGAUAUCAUGUCACGCUAGUCUAUCUACCCUUCUUUCCUUCUCUAAGACUGAAAGGAUGCAAGCUGAGGUAGUGUGGCACAGGAUGGACAGACACCACUUGGGAGUAUCCGCAAAGAAUGAAAAGAACACUACAAUCCCCUCCCCUUCGUGUGAGAAUAAUGGAUUUCCAGCUGCAAUAAGCCGUGCCUCAUUAUAGUCACACUGUGGCUAGAUUAUACUUCUCUGGGUGCUGUGCUGAGAAUGUCAAUGGGAAAACAUAUUCGCAGGUUUUGGUUGAUGUUAACAUGCCCAAUACAGACAUCCUCUCCUAUCACAAGCUGCGUGACUUAGUGGAUAAAAUACUGCCUUCUGCCUUUGGGACCAUGUUAAAAGCCCAGCCUGAGAGCAUUGGGGAAAAUGAGCUGAAUGUCUAAUGGAGGCUAAGUUUACUUCUUAGAACCACUAUACAUUAUGGGCACAGCUACUAGUGCCUAACCGGAAAAGACCCAGGAUUCACCAUCAAAGUUGCAUUACCCUUCCCUUGCCACUGAAAAGAAAAAAAAAAAAGUUAAAAAAACCAGAAGCUCUCAAGGAUGGGAUUAAGGUCACAAAUGAAUGGGCUUAUAACUUUGUCUUUAUGACUCUUGCCUGCAACCUACAAAGUAAGAAUAUUUGAUAGAGGACUUUACUACAACAGUUAUAUGGGGUAUCAUAAAUGCAAAUACUCACUUAAAUAUGAGCAGGAAAAAGGCAGGGGAUCAUUUACCACUUACAUUGUUGGAGAUAUGAUGGGAUGUGACUGCUUUGGUGUUCUUCUUUACUCUGUCCUUGUAAAGGUAUGAGAAAGUUAUACUGCCACAGGCAAUUUAAUUAAUAAUUGGAAGCCAUAUUGAUAAUGGAUGUGGUAAUAUUUGUAAAGUUUAAUCUACUUUAAGCAGCAGUAACUAAUGGAAUUUUUUUCCUUGAUCACAUAUGUAGCACUUUUGUUACUUUUUAAAGAUAUUUAUAUUUGAUAAAUCCUUUUUUCGUUUUGAGAAUUCAGAAUACCAAACAGUGAACUUGCAUUAUAGAGUCACCCUGCAAUCACCUUGUCAUCUAAUAGUAAAAUGAUGAACUAUCCAUGCAUCGAAGAAAAUUACAUCUGCUGGCAUUGUCUGAAAAUGAUCUCUUGGCGUCCCGAUUAAAUGACAUUGUGUCAUAGCCGUUAAGAGGAAGCAGCAUAGGAUGUGUCUGAAGUAGGCAUGAGUGCAGUGUGUGUCCUGCCUCGUUCCAUCUUUUCUCUCCAUAUACAACAAAACCUUGUUUAAUGGGGAAGAAGAGGGUAGCUGUUAAGGAGGGCUUCUCUAUCUUUUGUUCUUCACAUGAACUGUUUCUAAUAGAGAAUGAAGGUGCCAUUUCUUCUCUUCCUCUUUUCUCUGCCCCCUCCCCUUCCCACACAAAUGUUUUGAACUUCAGACCAUUGCUAGAGAGACUGAGCUUGCUUAUUUUCUCCUUUUCUUCUUCCUUUGAGUGGAGUUUCUUGAGCAUCACCAAGGUUUUAGCCAGUAUUCCCAUUAAGACCCACACUCACCAAAUCAUCUCUUCAUCGCCAGUCUUGCUAGCUAAAUGUGAGUAGGAGUCAGCACUUUCAGAAGACAUGAAGUUCACAUCUAUCCAUGAUUUUGAAGAGCUCUAUUUCAGGGGAAAAUAUAUAUGCUUUUCGCAGAUGUGGACAGCAGAAAUAAAGUAAAACUAUUUCCCUCUUUUGAUUUAUAUUACUUGAAUAGGCAAAUUUGAGUAGCAUGACUUAAUGCUCAGGAAUGAAAUCAUUUGAUCCCACCACCAAUUUUCUUUCUCAGUUUGUGGGUCUUUUUUCAGAUAGAGUUUUUGUUCUCUCCUCUUUUCAUUUUUCACUGAAGAAAUAUAACAAAUUGUAGCUUUUUUAUUUUGGGUAGAAUUUUUAUAUACUUAUUCUUCAGUUGAGUCAGAGAGAAAAGGACAGAGAGAAGACAGUCUCUCUCUGACAAGCAACAUCUCUGAUUUAUUGUAAGGAGAUUAUGAUAAUUGAUAGCUUCUUUAUGUUGGAGCUCUACUCUCUUUUGUUCUUCCUCUUUCUUUUCAUGGAACAGACUCAAACUGUUAAGACAGCUGCGGUUUCUAAAGAAAUACACUGGUUGCCGUAGCUUAUCAGAAAGGUUGCAUUGUUUUAAAGAAGGAGAAAGCACCCUUCAGAAAAUAAAGGGGAGUUUAUGAUGUCUCAUAAGUGCAACACCAAUUCUCUGUGCCUCUGGCAACAUGCUAGAAUUGAGGAAAAGUUUCCAUUUAGGAUAGAUAAGUAACAAGGGUCUUCUUAUGCUCCUGAGGAGGAGUGCUACAAAAGAGGAAAAGGAAGACUCGAACCACAGACUUCUUACGCACUUGGAGCUGGAAGGGGGCCUUAGAAAUCAUUGAGACCAACUCUGAUUUUACAUGAGAAUGUAUACGCCCAGAGAGAUAGAAGUGACUUGCCCAAGAUCAGGCAGGUAUUAAAUGGAGCCAGGAUUUGAAGCCAGGCCACCUGACUCCAAAACCAGUGUUCUUGUUACUACACCAUGCUGCCUCUCUCCUCCUUACUGAAAAAAGGGAUGUUAACUAAAGAAACACUGAAACAAUUAACAAUGCCAGCCUACUCUUAGCCAUCACAUUUCCACCUGAAUUAAAGAAUGACUUCCUUUGUAUCUAGAUUCAUCCUUAACCCAGAUUCUCUGUUUUCCAUAAGUUUGAAUUCUGCUCUUUUAUCCAAGCUACUGUAGUUCUCCAGGGAAGUUCUUAGUUAGAUUUGACUUCUAAUACUCUGGAUUAUGGAUUUGGGGGUUUCCCACCCGGCCCCCAGGGUUGUGAAAGCCAUCAGAAAUUUUGUUUAGACCCUAAGCUUUUUUAUUCCUAAGGGAGUUGUUUAAGCAAUCACAUUACUUUAAGAAAGCCUUUUUGUUUCAUCACUUUUGGAAGCCACCUUAUUUUCUGGUCUACUGGCCUUUUCUCUCCAAACCAUACAGUGUACUUCAAGCCCCUAGCGGAAGUUCUCAAGUUCUCUUCUCCUUCCUGCUAGUGGAAGAAGCCACAACUCUUUUGCCACCGUUUGUUUAUCUGAUCUUCUUACAAGUAUGCUAGACUCACCACAGAUGAGUAAGUUUUCCAUGUUUUUGGCAACCCCGUGAGAACCUCGUGAAGACCCUUCCUCACUAAAAUUCUCCCCACCUCUCAAAGGAGCAGUACUAAAUAUACACAUCCGAGACCCCGUGCUUUUGUUUCAAAGACACAUCUACAACCCAGUUCACUUCAGUAUCACUCAUAUCCCAGGGAGAGCUAUCCAGGAAAGUUUUAGUCUUCCAGUCCUAGAAACUUUCACCAGUUGUUUGGUUUCUUUGUUCUGUGUUGGGGAGAGGCAUGCCAUUUGAGCUGCAGGAUCUGGACAGUUUCUACAGUUACCUCAUAUCACAAAAUAGAUGCACUGCAGAAGGUGAAAGGACACUCUCGAGUGUACUCCCUGGAUGGUGACAGUGAACGUAAUCCCAGGUCCAGGUGUCUGGGACCCAGGGCAAGCAGCAAAGGAUUCCCUUUCAACUUGUGCUUCACUUUAGUCCAAUACAGUUUGUUACUUAGAGUGAAAUGUGAAAUCCUCAGUGUGAGGGCAGUCUCACAGUAGUUGACUUACUGUGUUGGACUUUGUGUCCAGCCCUUAAACUCUUCACUCAGCAUUGUGAAUUUGAAUUUAGCAUUAUCUUCCUCGUGGGUGAAAACUGUUUUAUGUAUUGGCUUAAAAAAAAAUAAUCACAAUAAUCUAGAGAUAUCAUUUGGUCCUCAUCUCAAGUAACUUGUGUCUUGGUGAUCAGUCACUCAGGAAUAGCAGGCAUUUCUGAUGCCGUAGAAUUUGAAUGAGGAUUCUUUUUAAAUUUCAAGUGGUCUCUGUUUCAGUGUGGGGUAGUGGAGGUGUUCAUUAGGCUCAAGUAUAGAAAUCUGAUCUCAACAAGCACCAAGAGAUUCAUAUUGACAGGCAGUCUAUCAAAUAGUCAAUCAGCAAAUAUCGAUCCACCUGUGUUGUGCCAAGAUAUCUUGAUGUAUUUUCACCUUGAAGGAAAAACAAAAGAUUUCAGCAAGAUUUUCAGCUUCCAAGUUUUGACAUUUGUCUUUGACAGGUUUUAGCGGCUCCCUCAGCAUAAUCCAUCCCAGUAACCCUGGCAGGCACUAGGUGUAAAGCAGACAUUAGAGAGUUGAACUCAUAUUUGAAAGACCCCAGUGUUCGGGUAGUCCACCGACCUUGAGAAACCCUCCCAGGAUCAACGCGAACACAACUCCGGAUGCAAAUAGCAAGAGGUUUAUUGAACUUACGAGUACUCGGGCGACUCAGUCACCUAGAGGGACUGGCGCGCCGGGUGGAUUCUUUGGUCUCAUUUUAUAGCAAAAAAGCGCGGGUACAGAAGCGAGGAGCAAGAUCAUUGGUUAGUUUGAAUAAAAACUCCGGUCACGAGAGGGUUCUAGAAACUGCUGAGGGGCACCCUAGAAACUGUUAUGAGCUCAGCUAUUUCUGGGAAUUGUUUGCAUAAGUCCGGGGUGG